UUUGUCUCUGUGUUUCUGUCAGGUGUUCACAUUGUCCAGUGGAUGUACGGCUGUGAAUGGGAUGAUGACACAGGUGAAGUGAAUGGAUAUGAGCAAUACGGCUAUGAUGGAGAGGACUUCAUAAGCUUUGACCUGAAGACAGAGACGUGGGUCGCUCCUGUACAACAGGCUGACAGCAUCAGACAGAAGUUGGAUCAUGACUGGGCUCUGACUGUUCGGAGAAAGAACUACCUCACCCAGGAGUGUCCUGAGUGGCUGAAGAAGUAUGUGAGCUAUGGGAGGAGCUCUCUGAUGAGGACAGAGCGUCCCUCAGUGUCUCUCCUCCAGAAGUCUUCCUCCUCUCUGGUCACCUGCCACGCUACAGGUUUCUAUCCUAACAGAGCCGAGAUGGUCUGGAAAAAAGAUGGAGUGGAGCUUCAUGAGGGUGUGAACAAAGGAGAGAUUCUCACCAACAAUGACGGGACCUUCCAGAUGAGUGUUGACCUGGAUGUCUCAUCAGUCAAACCUGAAGACUGGCACAGAUACAGAUGUGUGUUUCAGCUCUCUGGUGUGAACGAGGACAUCGUCAUCCAACUGGACAAAGCAGCGAUCAAGACCAAUGAAGGAAAUUCCAUCUCCGGACCAGAUAAUAAGCUGAUCAUCCCUGUUGUUGUUGCUGUGGUUGUUCUUGCUGUCAUCGCUGUGAUCGCAUUCAUUAUUAACAAAAAGAGGACAGACAGACGUCCCCCAUCUCCUGCAGGGAGCCAGGAGCCAAUGCUUCUUCAAGACUAAACCACAAACAGCUCUGCACACAACAACCUGAGAGAAGACAUGUCUGCUCGUUCUUCUCCAUAAACUAGAAUUCAUUGAAUUUGUUGAUUGUUCACAUCAUAAAAUCUGUUAAAAAGAUCUAAAGUCUAAAAUAUAGUUGCAGAUGCUUAUUAGUCAAUAUUUAAUGGAAAUGAGUUGGCAAAUGUUUAACAUAUACGUCAUAAUGGUGGCAUUAAAUUAUUCUGAAUAUGUUGUUGGGUGGCUGUGGCUACAAUGUAGCCAUCACCAGUGUGUGAAUGUGUGUGUGAAUGGGUGGAUGACCGAAUGUGUAAAGCGCUAUACAAAUACAGGCCAUUUACCAUUUUUUUGUUUUCAGUUUUAAAAAGGCAAUUUAAAAAAAAUCUAACAAAGAUGUGACCACUUGGGGAGACGUAAAACACAGUAAAAGCAAUAUGAAACAAUGAAAGCAUCACAGCAGUCUCAAUACAAUCAUAAUUAAACCUUUGUGUGUCCAUCUUCACUCAAACAUAUAUUAGUUUAGUGUUUCUGGGGUUUUCUUGUAAAUUAUUGGAUCACUCAUGAAUGCUGAGAUCCCUUCACUCUUAGUGAUAAAGGAAUCAUGAUAAUAUAUUUCUAAAUCUUGUACAUUUACUUAAAAUUUGAUUUAAAAGACAAACUUGUGUUGAACUCCAGAUUUUAAAAGAUUUUACUUUAUAUCUGAUUUAUUUCUUAAUUAAUGAAGAUGAUGUUUAUUCUCUGUUGUUUGAGUGUAAGUAAGUUUUGAGUGUUUUUGAUUUUAGAGUUUAGUUCAAGUUGAGAUUCUGGAGGGUUGUGUGGGUUAUGUUUUUAACACAUAGGUUUGUGUGUUUCUGUUUAUAUAUCAGUAAAACUGCAUUGCUCUUUCUCUGCUUUUUGUACUUUUGCUUUUCAGUCAAAAAUAAUCCAAAUUUCUGUGACUUUUUUUAAAUAAAUGUACACUUGGCUAAAGUUUCAUGAAUCCAGCCCAAAUAUUAAUGGAUUAGCUACAAUUUAACUUGUGAUAGUAGCUCAGUAAGCUUAGGUGUAAUGAUGCCAGCUCCAGUCCAUUAAGUGUCCUUGUGACAAAAGUAUUGUGUGUGUGUUGUAUUGUG